AUGAGCAAGAGCAGAUGGUUCCUUUAUGAUCCUAGCAAUAACGAGAGCCCCGAUUUUAAAUUCGACGAGGAUUUUAUCAAAAUAUUGCAAAUACCUUCCCUGCGCUCAUACGAGUGCAACAGCAUGACCCUAGCCGGCGACAUGGAUAAAGAGGUUCUGGGCAAACUGCCUAGGCAAUCUGUCAGCAUAGAGUCACUUUCGAUCACCGACUCCAAUUGCCAGUUUUCCUCUCUUAAUGCCUUAUUAGCUGUGUGUCGGGGGUUACGAGCAUUUACAUCCACACGAGCACGAGAGAAGCCGAUUACGCUGGAAAUGACGGCUCGAGAUAUCGUAAGAGCAUUGAUACCGCAUUCAGAUACCUUGGAAUACCUUCACCUCGACUCCAACAAAACAUGGAGGCUUGCUUAUGUCUUAGAUCCGGAAACAUUUUGGUCAUACGCCGGGGUUGAGCUCAAAAAACUGCACAGGUUGAAGCACCUCAAGGUUGUUAUCGAAGCCCUCAAGGGGCUUUUCAAUCUGUUCGAGGCAGUCAUGGAUGAGAACUGAAAGAUGCCACCUCCACCUCCCUUUGCAGACUGUAUUCCAGAGCAGUUGGAGUGUCUUGAGAUUCGGAACUGUACGAUAGAGGAUUUGCCUCAGAUCACUGAGUUUGCUGAAGCUUUGGAGAAUUUUCCGAAACUUCGGUCGGCACGAUUCGUGUUUAGCGAUGACCUAUUGAGGGUGGAUGGGAGGAGAAGCCG